AUGAAUGCAUUUUUUGACGGGUAUGUCCAUGCAGGGACGACAUUGAAGGAAUUUGUCGACCAAUUCGAUAAUGCUCUUAGAAAGAAAGUGGAGGUCGAGACAACGACUGAUUUCAAUUCUAGCAAUCAAACUAUCCCCUGCGUCUCCCCUUUCAACAUUGAGAAGCAGUUUCAAAAAGUCUACACAAAUGCAAAGUUUAAGGAGGUCCAAAGAGAGUUGAUGGGACUAAUGUGUUGUAAUUGUUGGUUGGUAAGCACACAAGGGUGCAUUUUAACAUUUGAUGUGUUGGAUGAAAUAUCGUUUGAUGAGCAAACCAAAAGAGUUCAUUACUCAGUUUACUAUAACGAGGAUGAGUGUGAGGUGAAAUGCACUUGUGGAUUGUUUGAGAUGAGGGGGAUUAUAUGUAGGCAUGCACUUAGAGUUUGUCAGUUGAAAAAUAUUAAUGUCCUGCCAGAUGUAUAUUUCCUAGAUCGAUGGAGAAAGGACCUAAAGAGGCAUUACACAUUAAUCAGAAGUAGUUAUGAUGACCUCCGGGGUAGAUCAGACACGCGUAAUUAUGAGCUUAUGAUCCAAAGAUGUUCGAAAUUAGCUGCAAAAAUAUCCUCAAACAAUGACAAAGUCCAUGCAUUUCUACACUAUGUUGACAAGUUUGAUAAAACAUGUGAAGAUUCAACGUGUGAGUUGGCAUUCCAAUCAACUCAGACCAACCCAACGGUGGUGUUGGAUAAGGGUAAAAAGAUUUUAAGCCCGAACGUUAUUCGAGGGAAAGGGAGACCUCCAAAUAAGAGGAAGGUUCCACCCGUAGAGAAGAUGGCAACAAAGAGAAAAAAACAGGAUGGUGUUGGGGAAACAAUAGCUGGUACCCUUUGGAAAGAAGGAAUAAACUUUUGGAUGUUAACUGGUGACAAGCAGAAUACUGCCAUGCAGAUUGCUCUCUCAUCCAAUUUUGUACCCCCAACCAUUAGGUUGGAAUAUUUGGCUGACAAGAUGAUUGCUGAGAUUUUGAGGUUUAUGAACCAAGUUUCAAGAUCGAACAAUAAAAAUCGUGGUCUGCAAACUUCUAUUGAAGCCAUCUUGAAGGCUACUGCCACACCACAUUUUGUAGAGUCCUUUGGAAGUUCGGCUGCUGUGUCUAGGCUGAAAGCUAAAUAUAAUGCAAUUGUGAGUCAAUUGUGA